AUGAACUCACCGUAAUAUACUCCCUUUGUAUAAGUAUUUGAAUAUCUCAAAAAUGGCUUUUUCACUACGUUGGAUUGCAACCAGCUUGUAUAGAUGGGCAAGGGGCAAGAUGUUGGCCAUCUUGUAUUUGAAUCACUAUACAAAGAGAGAGGGAAUGAGUGAAGGAGAAGGAAGAAGAGCUGUUGCUGCUGCCAAGGUAAGAUCAAUCUUCGUUUACUCAAUCAAAUCAUGCCACGGCAUCUCCGUUUCUCAGGCACCCAUCUCCCCAACUGUUAUGACUUUCACACCGUCUGAACGCCGGGAAAGCUCAAAGUUAUGAACUUUUUUUUAAUGUGGUGGAAUUGAAUAUUCGAUGAUCUAUGUAUAGGUUAAGGUAGGCCAAAAUUCAGGCCUACUUCAGGGUAACUUAUUCUUUUCCAAUUAUUUAGUUUGAAUUGUUUCAUUUUUCAUAUUUAGCUAACCCGGUAAAUAAAUAGUCUUCGGUCCAGUCCAACCCAACUUCCUGGAUCCGCCCUUGCGUAGAUGCAUAAAACUAAAAGCAGCUUUAGAAACUAUUUACGCAGAAAGAGAUAUUUGAGUAGUUGGGUCAUUGUGCAGUAGUACUUCUAAGAUAUACAAAUUGCUCUUAGAAACAGUUUUUUAAAAGAGAGGGAAAUCAGUUUUUUAAAAAAAUUGAUUAUGACUCAACUUUUACUUUUAAAAAGGGAAAGUUCCCGAAAUAGGACUAAAAUAGUUUGAAAAUUCCAAAAUAGGACUGACAUAUUUUUUAUUCCCAAAAUAGGAGUAAUUACUGCCAAGUUUGGGAAAUACUGCCAUGUUUGAAGUCUGAUACUACCAAAACAUGACAGUAAUUAAUCCUAUUUUGGGAAUAAAAACAUGACAGUCCUAUUUUGGAAUUUUCAAACCUUUUUAGUCCUAUUUUGGGUAAUAUCUCUUUCAUCUUCAUGUUACGACACCACCACCAUCGGUUCCUUCACCGCAGCCCCAUCUUCACCAACACCUGAUGUCCCAGGCCACCUCGACAACACCACACACACCGACCACUUUUCACCCAUCUCCUACACCGAACACCCCGACCACCCCGAUCACUGCAUCCUCCAGCCCGUUUACUUCCCAAUCUGCCAGCACCCCACAUAACUCCUCCACCAUAUCUAGUAAAUCAACAACCCAGACCUCACCCAGCUUCACGUCCAACUCAAGCGCCACACCUUCUUCCUCACCGCCGACUUCCCCGGUUAAUUGUCAUCCCAUGCAAACACGUGCUAAAGAUGGAAUUUUUAAACCCAAAAUCAUUUUUAAUCUCAAAACAGAUAUUUCGGCAUGUGAUCCUUCGUGUUUUUCUAUUGCUAAUAAGGAUGCUAAAUGGCGAGGUGCUAUGGCAGAGGAGUUUAAUGCACUUAUUGAUAAUCAUACUUGGGAUUUAGUUCCAUUUACUCCUCAUAAAAAUGUGGUUGGGUCUAUAUGGAUUUAUAAAAUUAAAUAUAAUUCUGACGGGUCAGUUGAGCGGCACAAGGCACGAUUGGUGGCUCAAGGCCAGGUUUACUCAACAGGCAGGUGUAGAUUUUUCCGAGACAUUUAGUCCUGUUGUUAAGCCCACUACUGUUCGUAUUGUCUUAUCUCUUGCUAUUUCCUUUCGAUGGGCUAUUCGUCAGUUACAUGUUAAAAACGCCUUUUUACAUGGCAAUCUGACUGAAGAGGUUUAUAUGCGUCAGCCUCCGGGGUUUAUUCAUCCACAGUUUCCACAUCAUUUAUGUCGUCUCCGGAAGGCUAUUUAUGGUCUUAAACAGGCUCCAAGAGCCUGGUUUUAUCGAUUCAGUAGUUUUUUGUUGACACAUGGUUUUGUAUGCAGCAAGUCUGAUAAUUCUCUGUUCAUUUACAGACAUGGGCCGUCCAUUAUUUAUCCUUUACUUUAUGUUGAUGAUAUUAUUGUCACUGGUAAUUCCCCAUCCUUUAUUUCUACGUUUAUUUCUUGUCUUGGCCGAUGCUUUGCCAUGAAGGAUUUGGGGGAUUUACACUUUUUCCUAGGUGUCCAGGCUGUUCGAGUACCCUCUGGUUUGUUUUUAUCACAACAAAAAUAUGUAUCUGAUCUUCUCAGCAGGUUUCACCUUCAUACUCUCAAGCCUGUUAGUACUCCUCUUCCUACACGAACUAAACUCUCUCACACUGAUGGAGAGCUUCUGGCAGAUCCUACUGAGUAUAGGAGUAUGGUAGGGGAUUUGUAGUAUUUGCCAUGACUAGACCUGAUAUUACAUUUGAUGUUCACCUGGUUUCUCAUAUCAAUUCAUGCAUGCACCUCGUACAUCUCAUCUUUUGGUUGUUAAGCGUAUUUUCAGGUAUCUUCAAGGGACUAUCGGUCAUGACCUGCUCCUUCAGCCGAGCUCAGCUUCUCCUACUUUACAGGCUUAUUCUGAUGCAGACUGGGCAGGUUGCCCUAAUAGCAGCAGAUCCACCUCCGGGUUUGCUAUUUUUCUGGGGACGAAUUUAGUCUCUUGGAAGUCUAAAAAGCAGCCUACUAUCUCUCGCUCCUCCACAGAAGCUGAAUAUCGGGCCAUUGCCUACGCGGUUCAAGAUACUCUACACAUCCGUUCCAUCCCUUUUGAACUCGGAUACCCGAUCCGAGAGCCAGUCAAGCUUCUGUGUGAUAAUGUGUCUGCUUCUUAUUUAUCUACAAAUCCUAUUCAACAUGCUCGCAGCAAGCACAUCAGUAUUGAUUAUCAUUUUGUUCGUGAGAGAGUUGCUCAUGGCGAUCUUUCUGUUCGCUAUGUUCCAACGCAAUUUCAGCUUGCAAAUAUAUUCACUAAGUGUUUGUCUCCACAACGUUUUAUAUUUCUUAGGGACAAUCUGCGCAUUGUUUCCCUUGCACAGCUUGAGGGGGUGUAAUAGAAUAAUUAAUACUUUAAUUAGGUUUCCAUAUUUCUUAUGUUUCCUAAUGUACUCAGAACACCUUUUAUUAUAUACUCUCUCCGUUUCAGUUUGGUUGACACACUUUCCUUUUUUGGACGUUU